AUGACAAUUAUUUCCUCAAUAGACUUUUACGCAAAAAAUUCUGGUUUUCUGGAUGAGAUAUCUGUCAUCAAAGAUAAUAUCAAGAUUCCGGCUAAAGACCUUCUUCAACGUAUGAUUGUAAGUUUUUCGCAUCAAAGUUGUGUCAUAGAGGGAAAUUCACUAGGAAGUGCAGAGUCACAAAUCAUUUGGGAAAAAAUGAACAAAGACUAUAACAUUGACGAUUUACAACAUGAGGAGGCACAAUUACCUGAGCCGAAAUCUCUUCUUGAUAAGCCUGGAAAGGAAAUUGAAGUUGUCGAAAUCCGCAACCACCUGAUUGCAACUCAUUACUUAUACAAUACCUUGUUGAAGUCAGAACAAGAAAUAAACGUCGACAAUAUAAAGAAGAUCCAUCGUAUUCUUUUGAAAGAUACACUACAGGAGAGAGUUAAUGUGUGGGGCAAAAUCCAGCAAGCAGGAAUGUUUCGAACCGUGACAAUGCAGGCAGUAGGUUAUCAUUUGACCGUUCGUCCGUAUGGAGAGGAUGUACCUGCGUUGACGGAAAGGUUCGUACAAUUUUACAACAAGACCGUCACUAGCAAUAAUGUUGAUGAUCAUGAACCAUAUUAA